AUGUAGCCGAUGUCUACAAACAGUUUACUUCCCCGAAGACUACACAGAGUCGAUGAUAUGCACAAUCCUCAAAGAAGUACUCGAAUCCUGGGAACUGCAUGAGGAUAAACUCAUCUGCGUUACUAUCGAUGAUGCAACUAAUAACAAUGGAUCACUGCAUUUGACCCAGUGGAACAGGCUACAGUGCUUUGGCCACUAUUUCGAGCUGGCAAUAGCAGACAGCCUGAAAGCCCCUUCUCAAACCCAAGAGGCUGUGAAGCGUGCAGUAGGGCUUUGCAAGCAGGUAACGUCGACCAUUUCCAAUUCAUUCAAGAGAAGACGUGAUCUGGCCAAGGCACAAGUGGACCUGGACUUGCCCAUUCACCAGCUCAAGAGUGAAAGCCCCUCAAGAUGGUGCUCACGACAGCAGAUGAUCAGCAGGUUCAUCGAGCAAGAGAAAGCUGUUAAACAGUCUGAAGUCAAAUAAGACUAAACCUCUCCUGUUUCAGGUCAAAAGGUUACACACGUACUGUGUUUAACGUACAGUUUUUAAAGAACAUGGAGAAGCCCAGAUGAUGACAUCAUGGCUUUGGAAGCUCCCGAUAGGUUAACUGACAACAUGUGAGUUGAUUGACGGCGCACCUGGGCAUGUAUUUACAACCGCACCUCAAACACUCUGCUUCCUUAUGUGAAAUCAUGGAAGAAUCAAAAGAAAUCAACGAGGAAAUCACACAAAAUACAUGGAGGUCCAAAACUGUGGCUCAUCCUUGGGUACAAUUUCCAGAUGCUUGAAGGUGCCAUGGUUAUCUGUUGAAACAACUAUACACAGUUAUAAAUAUAAUGUGAAUGUCCAGCUAUCACACCGCUCAGGAAGGAGAUGGACUCUAUGUCCCAGAUAAGAAUGUGGAUUGGUCAAAAAUGUGCAAAUAAACCCCAGAACAAAACCUAAAGAUCUUGUGAAGAUGCUGGAUGAAGUUGAGAAAAAAGUGUCAUUAUCCACAGCUUGCUAGGCUACGUAACAUUUUGUUGCCUGCUUGUAAGUCGUAUUGUAGUAAAAGUAUGUGAACAAACCUCAAGCAACCCUUACACAAACACUGGUGACCACCAACAUGCUUUUUACCCCAUUGUUUCUUCUUAUGCAGUCGGUGCGAUCCACUUGUGUUGUCAUCCCCACGGUAACGACUUUAUUUGCAUUUGUGAUGACAAGAUAAAGCCCACUGAUCAUAAAAACCCAAAUGCGGUAGUACCGGAAUGUAAGAUUUUAUUCUAGUAGUCUGACAUCGUGAAAGAGCAAAUUUGUCUUGCAGUCUGAUUCACGCUUUACGUCUUCUCUCUCCCAUGGAGCUGACUUUUUUUUUUUCUUGUUAUUGGACAUCACAUAAUUCCAAUUCUAUGUCAAAAGACCUGAAAAAAAAAGAUAAAAAUGUUUUAUUUUUCCAUCUUUUGGGGCGGCACGGUGGUUCAGCUGGUAAAGCGUUGGCCUCACAGUUCUGAGGACCCGGGUUCGAUCCCAGCCCCGCCUGUGUGAAUUUGCAUGUUCUCCCAGUGCCUGCGUGGGUUUUCUCCGGGCACUCCGGUUUCCUCCCACAUCCCAGAAGCAUGCAACAUUAAUUGGACACUCUAAAUUGCUCCUAGGUGUGAGUGAGAAUGGUUGUUCAUCUGUAUGUGCCCUCCGAUUGGCUGGCAACCAGUUAAGGGUGUACUCUGCCUCCUGCCCGUUGACAGCUGGGAUAGGCUCCAGCACUCCCCGCAACCCUCGUGAGGAUAAGUGGCAAAGAAGAUGGAUGGAUAGAACCUAUCUUUUGGAUUCAGAUGUACUGUGCACGACAGCGACGCGGCAUAAAGGUCUUUUUCAAAGGCGAUCAAUAACGUCGCUAAAUUAUGACAUCAAAACCAAUCAGCCGAUUAGCAAAAAAAACGCCAGUUAUCAGCUGAUCCGAUCAGGCUGACAAAAUUGGUAUAAAGUCUACUCAAAAGAAAACAUUUUUAUCACAGUUGCAAGACUUGGUGCUAUUAUUUAGUGUUGAUACUGUACCUGUAUAUCAGCAAGCACUCACUCAAGUGUACGCACUUGUAACCCUAACAAAAAUGGUAUUGGUGCAUUCCUAUGAAUAACAUUUGAAAUAAUUUUCCAGGUCCUCCGUGACGACAGGAAAACGAGCCACCUGAACCCGAGCAGGCAAGACAUGAGAAUUCUGGAGUCCAUUAACAAGGCACUGAGUCCUCUCAUGGAGUUUACAGAUGCCUUGUCUGGGGAGGAGUAUGUCAGUGCGUCGUUUGUAAAACCUGUCCUAAACCUCUUCGAGCACCAAAUGCUCAAGUCUCAGGAUGAUGACUCCCCGCACACUAGAACCAUUAAAGAGGAAAUCCUGAACUACCUUAGUGUCAAAUAUGCUGACGACUCCAUUGAAAAGCUGCUCCACACGGCCGUGCUGCUUGAUCCCCGAUUUAAAAGAGCCUACAUAAAGGAAGAGAGAAUUGACCUCAUGAAGACAAAAGCUGUAGAAGAAAUGGAGCUCCUGGGGGCUGGAGGUAAAGCAGGAGCACCGGCGGUCUCUGUUCCAGCAUCUUCUGCAGAUGAAUCGGAGCUCCCGGCACCCAAGAAAGUAAAGAAGAGUUUGUCCAGCGACUUCAAGAACGCAGCAGCACAUACCUGCCGAGACACGUCAAAGCCGAACCGAGCGUCUGUCGAACUGGAGCUCAACAUGUACCUGCAGACAGCCAACCUAGAUCCUGAGAAAGAUGCGCUCGUAUGGUGGAGGCAGCACGAGGUCAACUUCCCAUUGGUGGCAAAGCUGGCCAAAGAAUACCUGUGCAUCCCCGCGACGAGUUUGCCAUCUGAGCGGAUCUUCGGCGCGAGUGGCAACGCGGUGACGUCAAAGAGGUCAUGUCUUGAGCCUGAAAGAGUUGACCAGCUUGUCUUUCUAUCUGUCAUCCUGUGA